UUUGAAAGAUGACGCUUUCCUGUAAUGACCACACACGACAGAGGCAAAGCAUGCCAUGGCAUUAAUUAGAGAUAAAGACAUAUAAUCAUGCCUGUUAUAAAUUUCGAUAGUUGGUUCAACACAUGCAUAGGCCUUAACUACGUCUCCAAGAAAUGAUAUAAAUACAUGCAAAUGUACAUGAUAGACAACAAAGCAUCAUCAUCAAAUAUUAUCAUCACCAGUUUCUCCAUUUAUUAUUCUAUACCAAAAAGCAAGAAAUUUAUCAGAAAAUGAAGACGAAGAUGUUAAUAACCCUCUUUGCACUUAUUUCAGUAGCAGGAACAUCAGAAGCGACUGGUAGACUGGCUGCACAGCAGAACACAAGCAUUAUACCUACAUACUCACUCUGGUGCGUGGAAAAUCCAUAUGCCUACUUUACAAGAGUGAUUUGGAACCUAAAAUGGGCUUGCAAAAAUGGUGCUGAUUGCUCACCAUUGGCAAAGGGUGGCCGUUGUCAAGACCUCGACUAUUACAGAAGCCGAGCUUCUUAUGUCUUCAAUGACUAUUACCAGAAGAAUCCUAUACCGAGAAACUGCGAUUUCGGUGGCGCUGCUGUGCUUACAAUUCAAGAUCCAAGUAAUUCCAAACACUUCACUUUCGAAAAAAUAAAACUCAAAAUCACUAGAGUUCCAUUGUGA